CUUUUUUUUUUUUUUUUUUUUUUUUUCAUAAUCUUCAUUAUAGGCUUCUAAUUUAUAAACUCUGUGUUUUUCCUCUCCUUGAUUUCAUAAAUUUGAUACACACAACAAGAAAAAUAAAUAAAUUAUACACAAUGGGAGAGGAGAAAACAAAUUAGAGAAAAAUAAGCCCAUUAUUUUGACCAAAUUCGCUUACAUUAGGAUUUUUCGUUAAUGGUUGAUCAAAUUUGAUAGAGUCGCCUUCGGAAACAAGAAGUUCUAGUCCGGGAGGGAUAAUAUUUUGAAACAUAAAGGCUUCAUCCUUAACAAAAGAAAAUGAAAGAUAUAGCGGGCGAGUUCUAACAAAAGAAGAAGCUGCUAGAUUUUCAAAAAAACAGAAGAAACAACUUUGGCUUCUGUGAAGAAUGGAGUUUGAUACUUCUCCGAUCAAUCGCUGCUCCAAAAGAAACGAGAAGAUUUAUCAAGAAUGGUUUAGUUCUGCUGAUUCGGAUGGAGAUGGACGUCUCAUCGGAAAGGAUGCCACCAGCUUCCUUGCAAUGUCGAACUUGCCUCGUGAAGAUCUCAAGCAGGUGUGGGCAAUUGCAGAUUCCAAACGGCAAGGAUAUCUCGGUUUCAAAGAGUUUAUAACAGCAAUGCAGUUGGUAUCUUUGGCUCAAGCUGGCCGUGCAGUGGCAAGCGAUUUCUCAAAUGCCGAAGUUGAUUUCGAAAAUUUGGAGGUACCUUCAAUGGAAGGUCUGGAUAAACUUCUAGCUAAGAAGAAGCGUGUCGCCAAAUGGGUACCUGACAGCAACGGCAGUCUUACGCAAUCUCCACGAGCUAAUUGGUUUUCAUCAUCAAAAUCUGCAAAGAAGAUCCCUUCGAACUAUGUCACAUCAAUAAUCGAUGGACUGAAGAAGUUGUACGUCAAGAAACUAAAGCCACUGGAAGUUGCAUACCACUACAGUGAUUUUGUCUCUCCGUUGUUGGCAAAUAGUGAUUUCGAUGCCAAACCAAUGGUGAUGCUUUUAGGUCAAUACUCGACUGGUAAAACGACCUUCAUUAAGCAUUUACUCAGAACUAGCUAUCCAGGUGCUCAUAUUGGACCGGAGCCUACAACAGACAGAUUCGUUGUCGUUAUGAACGGACCUGAUGAAAGAAGUAUUCCGGGGAACACAAUAGCCGUUCAGGCAGAUAUGCCGUUUAGUGGGCUAACAUCUUUUGGCACAGCGUUUUUGUCUAAGUUUGAAUGUUCUCAAAUGCCGCAUCCUCUGUUGGAGAACAUCACACUUGUCGAUACGCCUGGAGUUUUAUCAGGUGAAAAGCAACGAACGCAGAGGAGCUAUGAAUUUACGGGGGUGACAUCUUGGUUUGCUGCUAAGUCUGAUCUCAUUCUGCUAUUGUUUGAUCCUCACAAACUUGAUAUUAGCGAUGAAUUCAAACUUGUGAUUGCAUCUCUUCAAGGUCACGAUGAUAAGAUUCGGGUGGUAUUGAACAAGGCCGAUCAAGUCGAUACCCAACAACUUAUGAGGGUCUAUGGAGCGUUGAUGUGGUCGUUGGGUAAAGUUCAGAAUACGCCGGAAGUUUCGCGUGUCUACAUUGGAUCAUUUAAUGACAAACCUAUCGACGAGGAUCUCACGGGGCCUUUAGGGAAAGAACUUUUCGAAAAGGAACAAGAUGAUCUACUUACAGACCUGAAAAACAUACCAAAAAAGGCUUGUGAUCGCCGUAUAAAUGAAUUCGUAAAGCGUGCUAGAGCUGCAAAGAUACACGCAUAUAUCAUAAGUCACUUGAAAAAGGAGAUGCCCGCGAUGAUGGGCAAAGCAAAGACUCAGAAAAAACUCAUCGAUAACUUGGAAGAUGUAUUCGUAAAGGUAUCUAUCCCCCAUUAA